AUGCUUUCGUUGCAUGCGCUCGUACUGUCUUUCAUUUCCAGGAGAUCCCUUACCUUAGACUGGGCGGCUUUCCUGGGCUGGGCUUCCCUGGGUGAUGUUCCCAAGGAGUCUGUCAAUCGAUGUCAAGACGUAUUCAACACGCCAAUCCGUGACGUUACCUGCUAUGCCCAACUUGAACUGAGGGUGGAUAUUAUAACAUCGUCAGAUGCCCUCUCGUCAACACCUUUCCUUGUUGUGCUCUGUCUCAUCGCGGUGAACUACAGCAGACGUAUCCUGAUAUACGACCAUAUGGUAACAAUCACAGAUGAAAUCACUUUCAUCUGGUGUCGCUCGAAAUCACUAUCUGCAAUGUUAUUUCUCACCAAUCGCUAUUUUGCUCUGUUCGGCAAUGUCUAUAUGUUAUUUGUGUAUGUUCUGCCCAGUUCAGACCAGAGGUUUCAAUUCUGGUUCUUGAACAUGUGUUGUUUUGCUCAACAAAAUCCUAGCUGUCGGCCAUAUUUAAUAUACAGAGAAUUGCUCCUUUUGUUCCAGCAAAUCUUCGUUGGCCUUAUACUGACUCUUCGCACUUAUGCCCUCUACUGCCGUAGCAAACGCCUCCUUGCUUGGAUGGUAAUUAUCGGUCUUGUUCUUGGGGGAGUGACUGUGGCGACGCUUCAACUCCGUUCAAGCACUCUCGUGCCAGGAUUCAAUUGCUUUGAGUCAUAUUCAGAAAAGAUAGCCGUCAGUCCUGGGUUGGGAUGGACGACACUACUUCUCUACGAAUUACUCAUCUUUGCCCUCACAGUUUACAGGAUAUGCAAAACUAGAGGACUGUCUCUGAUAACAUCGAGGAGAAAUCUACUUGAUAUCAUGUUUCAAGAUGGCGCAAUGUAUUUCGCGGUGAUGACAUUGGUUAAUCUACCUAAUAUUCUGAUGUCCUACUGUGGUCCAAAUACCACCAGAGGCAGUCUGGCUACAUUAACUAGCUGCGUGUCCGUGGCUCUCGUCUCUCGGCUGAUGCUUAACCUGCACAAAUCUGUCGACACAGGCAUCCUUACCACCCCCGUCCGGAAUGAUAACGGUGACUACGUC